UCCAAUCACAGAGAUUUAUUUAAUAGUUAAAGGGCAGACUAACCAAUCGGUAUGGGUGUUUGCAAACGUAAAUAGAAACACCCCACUAUCAACGGGUUUUCCCCGUAAACAGAGAGUAACAUGGCCACUGCCGUACAGAAUGUGACCGCUAAAGAAACGUGAUGCUGAUGGUAGUCUGAUCCUUUUUACUACACUUCAGGAGAAUAACAGAGUCUACAGAACAUGGUACUGACCAGCCUGCACCCCAGUUUUGGGAAGAAUUCCGUGUACCUGCUGGACUGCCGGGCGUGUGGAGAGACGGUGUGUCGCAGGGGCAUGUUGGCCGUGCUGGUGGCAGACGGGAAAACUGAACUCUUCUCUACAGACAGAUACGACAGAAGCUCUGUGGGCGUGAUUCCUGAGGUGUUCACCACAGAGAAGUGCAAGUGCAGGAUCCAGCACCUGGGCUGCUUGAGUUGUGGGUGUGUGGUGGGCUACCACGUGGUCCUGCCCUGCAGCAAGUGUCUGUCUUCCAUCAACAACGGCCAUCACUGUAUGUUUCACAGUAGCCUCGUAUCCCACUACUACCGCCUCGAUGAAGUCG